CCUUUCCGAGAGGUCCCGAGGAAGCACUUCCGGGUCCUGCCGAACGUUUAUUCCGUGACUAGGGGAAACGGUAGCCACGGCAAUGAGGCUUUUUUUUUACCUUUUUUCGACUAUGCGGGGAGUCACGUUGGGAGCCAUCCCAGCGCUAUGUUCGCCAUCACCUUUCUGUCUGGCGUUGCCUUUCCAAGGAGAAACACGUGAGGGAUUGAAAGUCCUCCUGAGUGCCGGCCUAUAGAGUUCUAACAAACUAGAAUGUUUAGCUGUGGCAUCCUCGAAGGACUUCAAAGAAGUGAUUUUGGGGAAAAGAACCCUGUCUGUUCUAACAAACAUAAUUAGGGAGAAGACUUAAGCCUCAGAGGUCAGUGACAGGGCCAGUAUGGAAUUUCUGUUUUAAGUGUGACAUCAUUCGUGAGCAAAGUGAAAUGGACCCAAAGGCAAGCAAGAACCUAGAAAGAUGCAGCACCUGACCAAGUUUAAAGUGCCAGAAACCCACCCAGCCUUAUAUCUGCUCCACUAUGGACAAUUUUUAAGAAGAGAGAGACUUUUGGGCUGGCAACAUCUUCCCUCGUCUUAAUGACUUCUGCAACACCUGGGGCUCUUACUUCAAAACUGUGGACCUGCGGUGGUCAGCCCUGAAGGCCCAUAAAUCCUUCACAGCCAGCCUGUUCCGGCAGUGUUCCUGUCUCCACUCCCAGCACCUCAAGCUCUGUCUUGACUAUGUGGACAGUUUUCCCUUUUUCAUCUGCCUACUAGGGCAGAGCUACGGUGACUUCCUACCUGAUUGCUCACCUUUCCUGUUCUCCAAGGCAAAGGACUUUUCAAGUUUAUCCGAAGGAGAACAGAAUCUCUACGCUGCUGUGAAAAAUGGUUAUUCUUGGGUCCUGGAGACACCUGACUGUAGUCUCACCGAGUUCGAGAUCAUCCAAGCAGCAUUUCGGAAGGAGUCUCCAUUUCAGUAUUUCUACUUCCGUAGGGCCAACUCGCUGCUCAGGGCUUUCAGCGAGGAGGCUGAGGAGGAGAGGCUGUCCUCAGCCUCUCUGCUGAACCAAGAGGGAAAACUGAAGAUUGGGAGGCUGAAGGCCAAGAUCGUUAGUAAAGGGCUCCCAGUCAGAUUCUACAGAGACCUGGAGGAGUUGGGUGAGCUGGUUUUCAAGGAUUGGUCGGCUGUGGUAGAAAAGCUUUACCCAGUCACUGUGAUCCUGGAAAACAUAGACUAUAAACACAGUUUUGAAUAUUUGUAUCAUGAAGAGUUUACUGAGAAGUGCAAGCAAGUUUUUGUUAUUUCCAAGGAGUCAAGCAAGACUUUUGAAAUACUAGAAUUUGCCUUAAAGGAUGCAGAACUUGAUUCUAAGACAGCUGUGGCAGGUUCUGGGUUAGACUCUGUUCUCAGAACUAAUUCCCUUCCAACUUACAAGUCUAUUUUGCUCCUGUCUGGAGAACAUGGCUGUGGGAAUUCUUCUCUGCUUGCUAACUGGGUGAAUGAUUUUAAAAGCAAAUAUCCAGAUGUGCUGAUGAUCCCAUACUUUGUGGGAAGCACUUGUGAAAACAGUGACAUCAUGUCUAUGAUCCAUUACUUCAUCCUGGAGCUGCAGCACCAAACCCAUGGUUCUCAGCUUGAAAUGGAUUUUCUUAAGGAAGGCUCAAAUGUCUUAGUGUUUUCACUUCUUAUGGAAGUGUUCAUGGCCUCCAUCAGCUUAAAGCCAUGUCUACAUGUACUAGAUGGAAUUGAAGAGUUGGUUUGUAUUUAUGGGAUUUCAGGUCAGAAGGCGAAGGAUUUUUCCUGGCUGCCACACUCCCUCCCUCCUCAUUGCAAAUUCAUCCUGAGCACCAUCUCCUCCAGCCUAUCUUGCAAGUCGCUGUGUGCCCGUCCGGAUGUGAGGACCAUGGAGCUCUCAAGCACAGGGGAUGAAGACACCAAGUUCAGCAUCUUCAGACAGCAUCUCUCUACCCCUGACCAAGACCGCUUCUGGCAGAACAGACUCAUUUUGAGGAAAAAACCACACCUGACUCCUUUAAAACUUACAGUCAUUGCCAGUGAGCUGCAAGAAUGCAGAAUCUACCGCAAUGAAUUCCAGUGUAUGCGAGAGUACUUAGAGGUGGCCUCUGUCCAGGAGCUCUGGGAGUUGGUUCUGCAGCACUGGAUUGAAGACUAUGGCUGGACUUUGGGGCAAAAAGGGACAAACUUAGACACUGUGGCUCCAGGAAACGAGUUGAAUGACUGGGUUGGCGAUGUCCUGUGCUUGCUGUGUAUCUCGCACUGUGGGCUGGCAGAGGAUGAACUGCUCCACCUUUUGGACAUGCUGGGUUACAGGAAUCAUUGCAAAGUGACCAUAGUGCACUGGGCUGCCUUCCGCAAUGCCACGAAACACUGGGUCCAGGAGAAGCCCAAUGGCCUCUAGAGCACCAGUCUCCUGCGGAAUGCUGUGGAACAUGAGCUGCUUGUGCUGGAAUGCAGCCUUUCCUGGGUCAUUGCUGCUGACAAAUGCAGAAUGGUACUCUUCAUUGGAAGUUUCUUGAAGCUUAUGGGCACCAGUGAAGCAGAAAAACUGUUCUUGAGUGUUGAGGACAUAUUAUUGCAGAAUCAAUCCAUGACAGAAAUGCUCCUCAAAGUGCAGAAUGCUAUUGGAGAACUAUAUCUUGAAAUUGGGAUGACUGAGAAAGGACUCUAAUAUUUUCAGAAAGCGUGGUCAAAUCUGCUGCGGUUUACACUUAGUGGCUUGAAAACCAGCCAGGACUUGGUGAAACAGAAAGUCAAAGUACUGAAUAACCUGGCAAUCAGCAUCUGAGGAUACUUAAAAGAAAACCAUAUCUUGGAAGAGGACCCCAACAAAUAUGCUACUGAAAUCUCCAGGUUAGUGAACGACAAUCCCCGUGAUCAAGCUACCAUGAAAUACACCGAAGGUGUUCUCAUGUUGUCUGCUGGAAACACAUCUGUUGCAAAACUGAAAUUUCAAGAGUGUUUAAAUAUCAGAAGCGAGAAAAACAUGCUAGUUGGAGAAAUUAUGGAAUUGUUAGCAGAUUUAUUAUUUUUUUUACUAGGAAAUAAUGAAAAAUCUGAAAGAAAGCAAGUAACCGAGUAUUAUAAACAAGUAAUAAAAAUCAAGGACAAGGCAGAUGCUGUGGUCACCUGUAGGCUUAUCAGGAAGCAGCUGAGCAUUAGCCUCAGCGAUACCGUGUGUAAACUAUCAGGCCAACUAUUGGCAAGUAACUUCUGCCAUCAUGCCAUGAUGGAAGCAGUGGGCUAUUUGUAUAGGUCACUUGAUUUAAGGGCGACUCAUCUGAGAUCUUCCCAUGCAUCAAUCCGGGGGAUCCUGCUGCUUCUAAGGGAAAUCCAGCGGCUUUGGGGCAGGAGAGGUUUGCCUCAAGGCAUGAGCCAGCAAUAUCUUGAGGGUCCUAGGAAUGACUUUUCAUUAUGGGAACACUUGCUUAAGUUAAACUAUCACAGCGCUCAGAGUUCUGACAUGGUAAACUCUGCAAUGUGUGUGAAUGUAGGUAAGUUACAGAGUGCUAAAAUCAUGGAGCCAGCUCCUCCCAUUUCAGAGAAAUCAAAAUGUGCUCCUGGCAAAGGGAAAAAGCUCUCAACUCCAAUUCUGGACCUGUCUGCUGGGGAGAAGUCCCAACCAAAACCACAAAAUGCUCCAGUAUGGAAUGGUCCAAGGAAGCAAGCACCAAAGAAAAAGAAUGACUGUUCUUUGAAGAUUUUACCCCUGGAUGAAAAGAAUGGCUUAGUAAGGCUUUCAAGGCAAAUGAUUUUUUCUGCUAACAGUGAGAGCAGAGAAGGCCUAAUCACUUCACUUUACCAUCAACCUGUGCCAGUGUCUCUUAGUGCAAAUAAUCCCUGGGAAUCCAUAUCGGAGCUCAUAUCAGAAAAGUGGCUUUUUCAUAGCCCACACUAUUAUCUUAAUCCUCAAAAGUCCAUGUUUCAGAGACUUCAAAUGACACUAAUAAAGAAUAAAAAUUACUUUGAGCUCUUUUCCGUUCCUGAAAGGGCAGGCCUGGAUACCUGCAAGCUGAGCGAUAGGGCCGUCCCAGACUGGCACUCGAGACCCAGGAAAGGUCUAGACUGCAGAAGCCAUUGA